UGAUUGUUUAAUACCGAUCAGGAGGGCAGAUAUAGCCACAAGUGCAUUGACGUGGUCGGUUGACUAACUUUUGGCGCAUAAUUUCCUAAACUUGAGGAACCUGUCUCGAGCAUCUGAAAAUAUCGACAAAAUGGAUCCAAACAGGCCACCUGACUUGAGUAAUAUGGCAGGCAUUCCCUGGCGUGGACGCAGUCGAGGACUUGGUGCAGGACGAGCCAUAGGUUUUAUCAUUCCUUGGGGUACCCAACAAAGUCAAGGACCAGAUGUCCCCACUACUGAACCUUUAGCUGGAAGGGCAAGAGGGCUGCAGCCUGAUGAUGGAGGACUUGGUCGAGCGAGAGGGUGGCUCUUUUCCUCAACGGAGCCAAACAUAGGUGUAUCAAGAGGCACAACCCUGCCUAGCAGGGAGCCACACUUUGCAGAAACACCCAGUCAUGAAACUAUGCCGCAAGACCUUACACAAAAAGUCCCGACCAGAAAAGAGGAUAAUUUCCCAACACAUGGUCAAAGAUCUACACUGGUCUCCAUGUUCAGGGGAAUGGGCUUGGAGCCCUCAUUGGCUUCACGGGGAAGAGGAACAUUACCCAUAGGAAUAGGAGCAGUUGGGGAAACGGACGAGUUAAAGAAGCCAAGUGCCGAUGUAGGUGUGGCAGCCAGUAGGCCACAGAUGAGUGGCGCCACACAAGAAGUGAUGGGCAGAGGAAGCAGCUUUCUUGGCCAAAAAAUCCCCCCAAAAAUGAUGGGGCUCGGAAGAGCAGCAGUGCCCCUUCUUGGAAUGGCACGAGGAAGUCCUUUACUUCCUUCUCAGUUUCCUCUUGAUAUUGGUUUUCCUUGCUCUGACCCUGCAGUAUAUGUUCGCUCUCAGAUUGCUGACACAGGAAUUGUUCCCCCUCUGUCCACUGCUCAGGCAGUACAAGACCCCAUUGUACCAGGAAAGAAAGAGCUGAAAAUGGAGACACUACGUGCACCGCUCAACAAGGCUGGAUUUAAAGGAACUCCGAUAACUAUUGGCUCCAAUCACAUUUCAAUCCGCUGCAAGAACAAAGCUGUCUAUCAGUACCAUGUGACAUUUACACCAAAUAUUGAAUCCAUGUCAAUGCGUUUUGGCAUGAUAAAAGAUCACUGCUCAACCACUGGAGAAGUCAUGGCAUUUGAUGGCUCAAUACUCUACCUUCCUCUACAACUGAAGGAUGAGGUGGUUCUCAGGAGUUUCAGAAGAACUGACAAUGAGGAAAUCCAAAUAAAAAUUCAGCUGACAAAGAUUUUGCCACCCAGCUCUGAUCUAUGCAUUCCUCUCUACAAUGUUGUACUCAGGAGGAUCAUGAAAAUACUUGGAUUGAAGCUGGUAGGGAGGAAUCAUUAUGAUCCAGAAAGUGCAAUAGUUCUGGGAAAACAUCGCUUGCAGGUGUGGCCAGGCUAUUCAACCAGUAUCAAACAUACAGACGGAGGUCUGUACCUGUGUGUGGAUGUGUCUCACAAAGUCUUGCGUAAUGACUCUGUGCUGGAUGUCAUGAACAUUCUCUACCAGCAAAGCAAAGAGAAAUUCAGAGAUGAAUGUACUAAGGAACUUGUUGGUAGCAUCAUCAUCACCCGCUACAAUAACCAUACCUAUCGGGUCGACGCCAUUGAGUGGGACAAAUCACCCAAAGACACCUUCACUCUGAUGGAUGGUACAAAAACUACAUUUGUGGACUACUACAGCAAGAAUUAUGGGAUUACCAUCAAAGAGAUGGACCAACCUCUUCUCAUGCAUCAGCCAAAGCAGCGGUCCAAGCCAGGAGGAAAGCAAGUCAUUACUGGGGAGAUCCUCAUAGUACCUGAGCUUUCUUACAUGACUGGAAUCCCAGAGAGUAUGAGGAAGGAUUUCAGAGCAAUGAAGGACCUGACCAUGCACAUCAACGUAAAUGGUGAGCAGCACACACAUUCAAUAAAGCAACUUCUGAAGAACAUAAGCACCAACCCUGACAGUCUGAAGGAAGUCACCCAAUGGGGUUUGGAAUUUGUCUCAGAAAUUCUUCUGGUGAAGGGUAGAACACUGCCCCUUGAAACUGUCUGUGUUCAGACUUCAUCAUUUACCACUGGUGCUGAUGGGUCUUGGUCCAGAGAGGUUGUCAGGCUUGCCUCAAUCAGCUCUAUCCCACUGAAAAUGUGGGCCAUCUUCUACCCUCGUCGCUGCGCAGACCAGGCUGAAGAGUUGAUUUUGACCUUCAACAAGGUGGGUGGUCCUCUUGGGGUCCAAGUGGAUCGUCCUAUGUGUGUGGAGCUGAGGGAUGAUCGGACAGAAACGUAUGUCAAGAGCAUCCACUCUCAGCUCACUAGUGAGCCUAAUUUGCAGCUUGUAGUGUGCAUCUUGGUAGGGAACAGAAAUGAUCUCUACAGUGCCAUCAAGAAGCUUUGCUGUGUUAAAAGUCCCAUCCCAUCACAGGCCAUCAAUGUCCGGACAAUUUCCCAGCAACAGAAGUUGAAGGGCAUUGCUCAAAAAAUACUCCUGCAGAUGAACAGCAAAUUAGGAGGAGAACUUUGGACUGUCAAUGUGCCCCUGAAAAACUUGAUGGUGGUGGGAGUUGAUGUCCAUCAUGACACCAGCAAGGCUCACCAAUCUGUCAUGGGCUUUGUCGCAAGCAUGAACAGUGCACUGACUCGCUGGUACUCCAGAGUAACCUUUCAGAGACCCAGCGAGGAACUCAUCAAUGGCUUCACUGUUUGCUUAUUGGCUGCAUUGCACAAGUACCAUGAGAUGAACCACAACUUGCCAGAAAGGAUUGUGGUGUAUCGGGAUGGAGUGUCUGAUGGACAGCUGAAGAUGGUUGAGCAAUACGAGAUUCCACAGCUGAUCAAAUGCUUUGAGACAUUCCCCAGCUAUGAGCCGAAGCUUGUCUUUAUUGUUGUCCAAAAGCGAAUCAGCACCACCCUAUAUUCCUGGGCUGGAAACAGCUUUGGCGCACCGUCACCUGGGACUGUUCUGGAUCACACGCUUACGCAGAAAGACUGGGUAGACUUCUAUCUGGUGGCACAUCAAAUCCGUCAGGGUUGUGGACUUCCUACACACUACAUUACUCUGUACAACACAACAAACCUCAUGCCAGACCAUUUGCAAAGGCUGACGUUCAAGAUGUGCCAUUUAUACUGGAACUGGCCAGGCACUAUUCGUGUUCCAGCACCGUGCAAAUACGCACACAAACUGGCUUACCUCUCAGGCCAGUACCUGCACUCUGAACCAGCCAUCCAGCUGGCAGACAAGUUGUUUUUUCUUUGAAUAUUAUACUCUCUCAUACUCGUUUUGCUGUUUGUUUUAAAAGAAAUACGUUGGUGUUAAAUGUUGGUGUCUUUUGUUCUGGUAUGUUUAAAACAUUGUUAUAUUAAACAAAAAUACUUAACUAAG